AUGGGAAAAGUCCAUUCUAAGCCUUCUAAACCUCGACAUCAAAAAAGUAAAAGUUUACCAAAGCCUGAAAUAAAAGAUCAAGACGUACAAAAAUAUAUGACAAGGAGAAAGUAUUCGGCUUCCUACGUACUCCCUGUGGAUGAUGAUGAGAUCGAUAGAAUGACCUUACAACAUUAUAUUUUUCAGAACAUCUGGAAAAAUAACUUUUCUUCACCUGUCGAAUCUUUAUUAGAACGUGGUGGUGCAAAAGUAUUGGAUAUAGGAUGCGGCCCGGGUGUUUUUGUCCUUGAACUUGCCAGUAAAUACCCAAAGUCUCAGUUUACCGGAUGUGAUAUCGUUGCAAAUUAUCCUAUUCAAAUAAAACCUGAGAAUAGUACAUUCGUUCGAGCGAAUGUUGUUGAAAGGUUACCUUUUGAUGAUAAUACUUUUGAUUUUGUAUAUAUGAGAUUCAUGAUGUUUGCAUUAAUGACAAAAGAAUGGCCAUAUGCCAUUAGUGAAAUGGUUAGGGUGACAAAACCAGGAGGGUGGAUCGAAGUAAUGGAAAGAGAUAUUCUUUGGUUCAAUGAAGGUGAAGUAAUAAGAAAUUGGAGGACAAAAAUUGUUGAUGGAUUAAAAGCUGCAAAUGGUAUUGACCUUAUAAUAAGCCCACAUUUACCUAAUUACCUUGCUGCAAAUAAAUCAUUAUCCAAGAUUUCAAAAGAUGAAAGGAUUGAACCUUUGGGAGCGUGGGGAGGUAUUUUGGGUAAAUCUUAUGCGCAAAUUAUAAUGUGGGGUGCUAAAAAUCUUUCUGAAGUUGUGAAUAACAUAAAAUUCCAAGAAGGGGAUUAUGAAAAAUUGGUUGAGAUUGCUAUGGAUGAACUGGAUAAAAAUCAUGCAUUUGACAAAAGUUAUCGAUUCUGGGCAAUGAAAACAUCAAGAUAA